GAGAGGUUACAUUGUGUCAGCGCGAGGCUGCAGUGCUACACUGUAUCGAGGAGGGGGCCUGGACCGAUUUCUCAUCCCUGGCUCGGGGAAUAGAUACAGUGAGGGUAACAGUGUGUUACAUUGUAUCUAGCAGGGAGAUAGACAGGGGCCUGGAUAGAUUCCCCUUCCCCGUGUACAGAUAUACUGAGGCCACACUGGGCUGCAUUGUAUUGAGGAGGGAUCAGAGAAAGACAGGGGCCUGGAUACAUCGCACCGCCCAAGCUUCCCUGUCCCUUUGGAACAGAGGCACCAAACCGGGAAUGUCGCCUGCAACCUGGGAGGACUGAGCCUGGCUGGAGGAGGAGGACUGGGAAUACCGAGACCUAUAUCCCGAGAGGCCUGGGAAUACCGAGUCUGGCUGGAGGAGCACUGGGAAUACCAAGACCUGUAAUCCAAGAGGUCUGGGAAUACUGAACCCAGCUGCUGCUGGAGGACUGCGAAUACUGAGCGUGGCUGGAGGACCGGGAAUACCGAGCCUGGCUGCUGGAGGAGGACUGGGAAUACUGCGCCCAGCUGCUGAAGAAGCUCUAGGAAUACUGAACCCAGACCCCAGGAGGACUAGGAGUACUGAGCCGGGCUGAAGGACUGGACCCCACAUCCCAGAACUGGCAAUACUGAACCCAGCUGCCAGAGGAGGGCGGGGAAUGCUGAGCCUGGUUGCUAGAAGGCUGGGAAUACCGAGCCUGACUGCUGGAGGAAUAUUGGGAAUACUGAACUCCAUAUCCCCCAAGAGGACAAGGAAUACUGAGACUGGCUGGAGGACUGGGAAUACCAAACUCUGUUUUCCCCGUUGAUCCAGAUCUGGGAAUACUGUGCCCGUUUCCCACCUUUCCCUUCCCUAGGCUGCAGGACUGGGAUACCAAGUCCCAUUCCUACUAUUGGCUACUGACAGCUGGAAGACUGGGAAUAUUGAACUAAUAGAGGGGAGAUUUACUUAAUCCCAGACUACAUAUGUGAGAAGUUUGUGUUAAUGUCAGCAGUAGGCCUUGGGAAUACCAAACUAAUCCUAACUACCAGACUGGGAAUACUGAGCGAAUUGCAGCAGCGGGAGUGGGACUGUUUUGCUAAUCUUGGCGAUGGGUCUGAGGAUCUUGAGCUAGUCCCAAGUGUAAGGACUGGGAAUACUGAUCCAGUAUAUUUUCAAGAUCUGUGGAAGGAUCGACACUGGGAGAGUCAUCACCACUCCAGGAACAAGAUCCCAGUGACAGCAUCGGGGAAUCGUGAAGUCUGGGACCCCCUCUUGGUGACUAGAAAGUGGGAAUUGCAGGAGGACGCAGUGUCUGGAACAGGCUGAGAGCGAGGGAGCAGAGAAUUGUCUGAAAAAGGGGGGAACUAAGUAAACGUGCAAUCAGGAAGAACCUCCGGCUGCAUUCCUUCCAAAAUCAUUCCCAAGCUGGCGGUAAAUCCCAGUGUGGAAAGAGAGAGAGAGAGAGCAGAGGAGGGGGAUUUCGGGAUGAAAAUUGAACUUUAGAAAUCUUUUGUGGAAUCUCGGAUCACCAGGAAAUUGGGAGGGCUGAAACCUUCUGGAGUUUUGAAUCGCCCCAGAAGUCGGGAAAGCUGACACCUCCGCUUGGAAUCUCGAGCCGCCAGGAAAUUGGGAGCGCCGGAAUUUUUCGGUGUGGAGUUUGGGAUCGCCGGAGGGGACGGGUGGUCCCUGCUGAUUCCCCGCGGGAGGAAGUAGCUGCGGAGAGGCUGGUGCUGCGGAAUUUCAUCCCUUCCUAGACGUUUGGGCUGCUACUUCGCUCGUUUCCCGCCCCCCACCCCGGAAGCUGGGAAUGGGAUCGGUCGGGGAGUGAACAGCGAGCCUGAGACUGUCAGUUCCCGGUCGGUGAAGGUGGGGGGUGGGGGGGAGAAGGGCCGUGGUGUGUGCGAGGCUCGACUGUGGUUGCUCCUGUAGGACGCGUUCCCCACCCCCCCCGCCGCCACCUUUUUCUUUCCCUGGACGUUUCCCGAUGGAGCCCAAGGUUACUUCGCCGGUGACGGCGGCGGAAAAGGUGGACGGUUUCAGCAGGAAGUCCGUGCGCCGGGCCAGGCAGCGCCGGUCACACGGUUCAUCCCAGUUCCGGUACCAGAGCAGUCAGGUGGAGCUGACCCCGCUGCCCCUCCUGAAAGAUGCCGCAGCGUCGGAUUUACACGACCUGUUCUGUAAGAAGCUGCAGCAAUGUUGUAUUGUCUUUGACUUCAUGGACUGUGUUGCUGACCUGAAGGGGAAGGAGAUCAAGCGAGCGGCCCUCAAUGAGCUGGUGGAGAGUAUUGCGACAGGUCGGGGCCUCCUCAUUGAGCCCAUCUACCCGGAAGUCAUGAAGAUGAUCUCUGCCAAUAUAUUCCGGACACUCCCUCCGAGUGACAAUCCAGAGUUUGAUCCUGAAGAGGAUGAGCCAAAUCUUGAGGCAUCCUGGCCUCAUUUACAGCUGGUUUAUGAAUUUUUCCUUCGGUUCCUCGAGAGCCCGGAUUUCCAACCUGCCAUCGCCAAGCGCUACAUCGACCAGAGAUUUGUGCUUCAGCUAUUGGAGCUGUUUGACAGUGAGGAUCCGCGUGAACGGGAUUUCCUGAAGACGGUUCUGCACCGGGUCUACGGCAAGUUCCUGGGAUUGCGAGCAUUCAUCCGCAAACAGAUCACAAAUAUAUUUUUAUGGUUUAUAUAUGAGUCUGAACAUUUCAAUGGAGUGGCGGAGCUGCUGGAGAUCCUGGGGAGCAUCAUCAAUGGUUUUGCACUCCCUCUGAAAGCAGAGCACAAACAGUUUCUGCUGCGGGUUCUGAUCCCGCUGCACACGGCACGGACCCUCUCUCUGUUCCACGCACAGCUGGCUUACUGCAUUGUACAAUUCCUUGAAAAGGACACCACGUUGACAGAGCCGGUUCUCCGGGGGCUACUCAAAUUCUGGCCCAAAACCUGCACCCAAAAAGAGCCUUGGACGAUCGUCUCCCUGAUCUACAACGUGCUGAAGACCUUCAUGGAGAUGAACAGUACACUGUUUGAUGAACUGACUGCCUCCUACAAAGUGGACCGACAGCGGGAGAUCAAGAGGGAGCGGGAACGUGAGGAGUUGUGGCGAAAGCUGGACGACCUCCAGCUGAGGAAGAUGAAGAGUAUUGAAGACCUCGACAAUGUGCCCAGUAAACCCAGCCUCAGCUGCCCUGACUAACACACCCCCCCACUCCCCUAAUCCCCACCACCCCCUCCCCAAAGUGCCAACUAGGAAUCAUAGGCAUUGCCCCAUUCUCCCCUCCCCUACCCGCCCACCUCCUCGAUGGUACCGGUGAACACAGAGACAGGUCUGUGUCAGUGGGGCCUCCCGAGCCCCCGUGUCAGUACAAACUCCUGUAGAUUUCUAGAACCUACUCCCCCUCUCCCGGGUGUCAGGGGGACAAAACAGAAGUGUAUUUUACAGCCUCCUUUAAGAAGAGCAGAGUCAGUAACGUGAAGCAGUUAUUGUAGUUCGGUGUUCCCCACCCCCAGAGAAUCUUACCCUGUGUCUGGGCCUUUGCGUCUCUAUCUCCCCACCCCCACUCGGACGGAGCAGAGCAUAUAAACCCCUUUCUCGUUUUUAAUCUAUUAAAUAUGGUGCUUUGUGGGGUCAAGUUCCAGGGAUGUUUCUUGUAGCCUCCCUCUUCAGUGUAGACAAACUCUUCCAGUAACCCUGUCUCUCAGACUCGUUCUCUCCCCUCUCUCUCUCUCCCUCCCUCUCUUCUCUCUCUCUUUGUCUGUGUCUGUCUGUCUCUCUCUCUUUGUCUCUGGCUCACUCGCCCUGGAACCUGUGCUAUUAGGGCUGCCUUGUACGUAGUGUAGGGAAUGAGGUUGGGGGGGAGCGGUGUGCGUGGAAGCCUGACCCUGCCCUCCCUCUACCUCUCACCAACACCCCCACUGAGACUGGGGAUUGGCACCUUCCGAGCCUAACUGGGGCAGUCAGGGGAAGGGAUUUGCACAGAGGCUUAAGAGUGGGAGGAGGGAGGAUCGUUCAGCAUGGGGAGAGAUCUGGAGGCUGUGUGCCUGUCUGUCUGUCUGUGUGUGCCUGGGGUGCAUUCUCAAACUUUUGGGAAUCCUGCUUAAACUCCCCACCCCCAUCGCAGGCACCAAUUCCAUACGGACACUGAGCAAAGACCUGCAAAGGGUUUUGGGGUGGGGGUGGGGAGAGAUUCCUGAUGCUUUGUAAGCAUUAUCCUACAUCCUCCCUCCCUCCCUCCACCCAGCCAUCCACCACUCCUCCUCCCCCACCCCCCCCCCCCCCAAAGAGGCUGGCUGUCUCUCUGACCCCACUCCCCCCACCUUGUGCUGUAGGACAGAUGGUAAUUCUCAGCGAUCUGUCACUGUUCGAGCAAACGGACAGCCGUCACCUCUUUCCCCACCCCACCCCCCCCCCCCCCCCCCCCGCCCCCAUGCUGCCCCCUAACCACCUUAGUCACCCACUUUCCUGGGGCAGAAUGUGCCUGAUGUGGGCGGCUUGGGUGCAGGAGGGGUGCACCCAAGAGCAUGAGGGGGAAAGGGGGGCGUGCGCAGAACAGGAUGUGUUCCUUCCCCCCCCCCCCCCCCACACAAAAAAAGAACACAUGCCCAGCUGUCUGGGUGAACUCCAAGUCUUACCCAGCACAAGGCAUCAGUGGAGAGCGGUCAACGGAAUACCUUCCUAAACCCAGUGUUAAGAGUGGGAGGAGGGUCUGAGAUUAUCACCCACAGAGUCUGGGAGAAUGGGGUGAUGCAGGAGAGAGGCCUGGGGGCAGCCAGGAGGGUGGGGGAGGGGUUCGGGGGUGGUGGUAGGAGGUGUUAGUGUUCAAACAUGAAAUCGUGGGCAGGGUCCCUGGGCAGGAACCACCCCUGCCCCACAAGCUUGACCCUUUCAACAUUCCCCCCCCCCCCCCCCCCCCCACUUCCCCAACCCGGGCUGUGGUCCCCUCCAAAGGGGACUCUGUUUGAGAGUGGUUGGGUGUGGGGCUUGUUGGUGAGGGAGGGAGAGACAGAGUGCGUGGAUUCCAAUUGGAAAGGAAAAUCCCACGAUAUUGACGCUGGUUCUCCGCGUCCCCACCACCACUGAGGCUCAGCAGUGGAGGAAAGGGCUUGUAGAUAAAUAAAAUGACUGUAGACCUCGCUCCCCCUCCCUCUGAGCCUUCCUGAUCCCAGUAGAUCCGCCAGGGAUUCGAAGAUCAUGUGUAGCAACCCCCCCCCCCACCCCGGUCAGGACACUAAUGACUGUUAUUUUAUUCCAGAUAUAUUGGGGGAGACGAACAGGUGAAUUAGAGACUGGCCCCCUCCCCCACCGGAUGCUGCUGCAUUUCUCCCCCUCCCUGAUCCCGGUGCGUUGUGUAGAUAUAUCUGAGUAGAUUCACUUACAAGUUACUGUACACUACUGAUGAGCUACUGUACCCUCUCCCUCUCCCCAACCCCACCCCUAGUCCGAUGUGGCCUGGGUCUGCCCACAUGUAGAGAGGAGCUCAGGGUGGGAGCUGUACUGAACUCGCUCUGUUCUGUGUCUCCCCCGCCUCCUCAAAGUGCAAUAAAAACCACGAAAUGGCGAACCUCCUUCACUGUC